AAAGGGAGGGGCUGCCGCAAAAACACACCACUGAUAGAAUGAAUGCAAAGAGCCAAAAGAAACACUUCCUGUUGAUGCAAAAAAAUUGCAGCAGCAAAACUGUCUGACACAUCUGGACUGGAGCUGGAGAAGAAGGGGGGGAGGCCUGGCUGUAGUGUUAGCGAGCUACUGAGGGGAAUGGACAACGUUUAAUGUUUAUCUGCAAGACGGCAGCCGACAAACUGGAGAAACAUAUCCAAGAAAUGGACGACGGCAGCUACAUCGAGUUCGAUGUGCCGGAGUUCAGUAACACUGUCCUGACCCAGCUCAAUGAGCUGCGGCUGCAAGGGAAGUUGUGUGACAUCAUUGUUCACAUUCAGGGUCAGCCAUUUCGAGCCCACAAGGCUGUGCUGGCAGCCAGUUCACCCUACUUUCGUGACCACUCGGCUCUCAGCACCAUGAGUGGCCUUUCCAUCUCGGUCAUCAAAAGCCCCGAGGUGUUCGAGCAGCUCCUUGCAUUCUGCUACACAGGUCACAUGGCCCUUCAGCUCAAGGAUAUUAUCAGUUUCCUCACCGCUGCUAGCUUUCUGCAGAUGCAGGCCAUCAUUGACAAGUGCACCCAAAUCCUGGAGAGCAUCCACUCCAAGAUCAGCCUCCCAGUUGGUGUCUGCAGCCCAGAGAAGGAUGACUCGCAGACAAGCGGCAAUGGGGUCAAUGACAGCAACCUCUUUGUAAACCCUACGCAGAUCUCCCCCCCUUACUACUCCCGGCAGGGUCAGGCAGGACACGAAGCGCGCUUUGAGCUGGCAGGAAAAGGCCUGGGCCGGGGGCGACAGCAGCAAGAGGAAGGCCAGUCGGACCGAGGCAGUAGUGAUAGUGUGUCAGAGCUUGAUGCUCCCAUAGAGGGCGAAACGGAGCAAGUGGAACUGAUCGGCAAAGACGGGCAAGUAACAGAUGUGCAUGUGAAGAUAGAGAAGACCGACAGGCCUACUUACUCUGAUAGUUCCUCAGCCGGCGAUGAUGGCUACCACACAGAGUUGGUAGACGGAGAACAGGUAUUGGCUGUUAGUGUGGGUUCUUAUGGUCCUGUCAUCCAGUCUGCUGCCUAUUCUUACUCAGGGCUGUCCUCCCCGUGCUUUGUUAACCUUAGCAACUCCAGUCCUUCCCGCUCCAUGCUCAGUGGCUACAGAGGUGGGCGAGCCAGGGCAAAGCGCCCCCUGGCCAUCCCCGCAGGAGUGCUGAGUCAUAUCAAACCAGGCUCUGAUGACAGCGAAUCAGCCGCGGGAGCCACAGGGUUAGAGAACGACGUGCGAGAGCGGAGCCUGCGGAGCCAGUGGUACCCCUACAAUGAGAGACUCAUUUGCAUCUACUGUGGAAAGACCUUCAAUCAGAAAGGGAGCCUGGAUCGCCACAUGCGCCUGCACAUGGGAAUCACCCCAUUCGUUUGUAAAUUCUGUGGCAAGAAGUACACAAGGAAAGACCAGCUGGAGUACCAUAUCCGUGGACACACAGACAACAAGCCCUUCCACUGUCAGAUCUGUGGCAAAUGCUUCCCAUUUCAGGGCACCCUUAACCAGCACCUGAGGAAGAAGCACAUGGGAGCAUCUGACGUCAGCAAUCAUAUAGACUCUCCAGAGACGACGGAGGGAAGCUCAGGUCAGAAGGACCAAGAGGAGACGUCUGAGGGGAUGGCCUUUGAGGCGCAAUAUGCAGAAGAGGCACCAGCCAAUGCUAUGGAGGAGAGUUCAAAAUGCAGUCCAGAGGAGGCUCAAGCAUCAAGAUGUGAUUUUUAGGUCCUGCUUCAGGUUAAGGAAGCUUUAAGAAAUGUUUAUCUUAACUCAACUUAAAGGACUUUUUUUCUUUUUGAAUCAGCUCCCUCUAUUAUAGACAUUUCUUGCGUCAAGGGUUUCUGUCAAUUUUGUGAAAGUUAGAUGUUGAAUGCAGAGAGCAAAUGGGUGCUUUAUAGAAAUUUGAUUCUUUCAAGCAAAGGGAGUAACAACUUACUAUUUUUGAGGAGGUCCUAAUAAUCAAGACCCCCCCAAAUUGAUUUUCUCUUUUUAUCUUUCCAUGUUUUUUAAAACAUAUUUACAGAGUUAUAUAGGCAUGUUGCAAUAAUUGAUAAUGUGAAAGCUCUGGUAAGAUGCUUGUCAUAUCACCUUUUUACCUGACCUGUUUUUGCACAUGUGGCCACAAGAGGUCACUUUACUCACAAGGAAUGAUUUUUCUGCCAGUGCAAAGCUUCGUGUGACAUAUCCGUUCAAUACCUCAUGAUGCAACUACAUACUCAUAACAGAUAGUAUUUUAACUUAAAUGAAACUCACCAGGUUCUACCUCAUAGCCAAGAACCUACCAGGCACAGACGUGUUCACCGUUUGAAAUCCGUUUUUAGGUUGUAUGUACAAUAUCUUAUAUUGCCAAACCCUGUAAAGAAUAUCCUCUCAACACAAAGCCUUGAUACUUAGGGGAAAUAUUCCUUGCUGAUUGUAUGGAUUAGGGACAUAGUCCUUGUCAAAUGUUUCAUGGUCAGCCAGGAUUAAGAAGGUGCUAUGUUAGGAGUACAUUAAAUUUGCUAGCUUUCUCGUGUGUUUGUUUUUGGCAGUUGCGGACAAUAGAGUAAGAAAAUGGCCCUGCAUAUUUUCAAGAUUUUGCUGUCUUAUAACGUUUGUUCGACACAACACUCUCAUCACUACUGGAGAUCUCUCUCUGUUGGUCAAGGCUUGGUUUUUAGAUGCUGUCAUCCAUGUAAUGGAUGAAUUACGUCCAUACAGUGAAGUCAUUUGUGUUCCUCUAUACUCUGACGGCAGACUUAUACUGAAUUAUUGUAUGUGUAAAUUGUUUUGUCCUGAGGUAGGCUUCUAGGUUUAAUACUCAGCGUUUGACAGAGACAUGAGUUCUUAUUGUCAACUCAGCACAGUAGGAACAGCUCUGUAUCUGUUCAUGUGAAUCAAUAUAGUAUACUAGUCUGAAUAAUAUGCAAACAGAAAGAACAAAGGAAUCUCAGCCAUUUUGACAUGGUUUUUCUUCCAUUAUUUGAAAGAGCUAUUGGUUUGUUUCCUUUUUUUUCUUUCUGUCCUACCUUUUUAUGAUGGGACGAUUAAUCUGUGAUCGUUGUUCUCUGCAUUGGUUGGGGUUAAAUGCAGUCUUGGAACAAGUUUUCCUCGUUUGUCAAUCCUAAUUCAUGGUGUUGACGUAGGUGCGGCACAGCUAGAUUAAGGCUAAGAGGUAAAUGUUGUUAGAGGUAGCUGGUGAUCCAAAGUAUUGAUGCACUUUGCAGAGUUUAGUGGGCGGGAUGGGUGUUGUCCCCAUUGAGAAAAUGUGCUAUUUUCUGUCUUAAUUCUGGUGCAGCAGUGUCAGAGUAGUGCUAGCUUCAGAACAACGAUUUUCCUCCAAGUAAACAUGUUGUGAACGUUGAUGAGACUCUGCAAUCACGUGAAUACUAUUGGCUACAAGUCAUGCCUAUGGCAACGCAUUUUAUCUAUACUGUUUGAACCCUGGGUAUCAUUGGGAUGGGGGUGUUGUUAGUAUAUAGGGACUUGGGUUUUACUUCCAUGGUGAUUUAAAGGAAUCUGCUUUCACAGUAAAUACAUAAAAGGCACUUAGAAGGCCUGAUUGGUUAUCCUGUCAUAUUUAGUGGAUUUAAAGCUCAGCUGGGUGCUAUCCUGCUUUCUUAUUUGCCAUCCAGCUGUUUUUGAAAAGCACCUGCUAUAUGCUUUGAUUUUGUCCCAGCUGGUCCAUGCUGAAUUUAUGUCAGUGACAUGGGUUUGAUUAUAUCCCAGUUUCCAUAUAAUUUUCUACUUUGUGUGCGUUUGGUGGGAGAAUAUUGUUGCUUAUAUCUAAUGUUAAGAGUGCAGUCCCUUUUUAUUCCACUGAAUGUGCGGUCAUUGUCUUCACUCGUUGACAGUCAAGAUAGCAAACCAAAACGUAGGGAAUUUGCAAAAAUCGGUAUAGCUAGCUUUUCGUUAUCUUUGUGUGCAAAGGUUUAUCACAAACACUUUUGGUCUUCACACCCACAGUCAACCUCUACAGUACUUUUUAGAUGAAUGUUUUCUAAGUCAAGUUUAUUUUUUGUUGGCCGCUGAUGUAGUGUGCAGGAUCGACAGCUGAUCUGACCUCAGUAAAAUCAGCCGCCGACUAAUUUGAAUCUGCCUAUGACGAUUCUUGCCCUUCACCUAGAAAAAAGGAGGAAAUGCAUACCUUCUUGUUAGUAAUGUUUUGUGAGUAAUAGGUACAAACUGCUCAAACAAUUUUGUGCCAAGAGUUCGCACCAAAGACUAAUAGGUGAUUUUUAACCGUACGUUUUGAGUGUAUUGCAUAAUUGAAUGCUCAUUUAGAAGAAUAGGUUCUUCAUUUGACGUAGGAGUAGUUUAUUUGCAAGGAAUGUACAUUUCCCAGCUUAUAACAAUCACUUGUGUAAAAUUUGAACAAUUUGCGAAGAAGACAUUAAGCAGCGAAGUCAUAAAUAACAUAAUAUAUUAAGCCAUACAAAAGCUGACAAUAUAAAAGUUGUGCAAUAGGUAUUGUAAUUGUUUAAAAGCCAAUGUAAACAAAAGAGAGAAUACUUCACAAAAAGUGGCAUCUUGAACUUAGUGCCUUGCCACAAGCUUUACAUUUUCGAUUCUGGCACUUAGAUUCCUGUGCCUCUUUCAUUUUGUAAUGGAUUGAAUAGAGAGAUUAUGAUAGAAUAUGGCCACAUCCUUUAUUGUAAAGUGGUACCAAGAAUGAAUAGAAAUUAAUUCUUGUCCAUUUUGUAGUUUUUGCAGCUCCAGUCCUGUGCCCUCGCUUUUUAUAAUUUGAUCUGGGAUUUUUUUGUCAUGGAAUGGACAACUGAUUUUAAGGUUUAGCUGAUUUUGUAGCAAUUGAUUACAAUCAAAUGAGGCAGACUUGUUCCCCGCAAGCCAUCGCCCUGUGUUCAGAGACUAUACUGUAUCCCUCCUCUCCAACCACUGAGGACAAUCUUAACAAUGUACCGUAGUUUUAGGCAUUUAAAUGAAGGAAGGAGAUGCAUGAGAAACACAAAUCUACUUCCUCUCUGGAGCAUCUGGCAAGGGAACAGCUGCUUGGGUAUUUAGCAGAUAAUAAACUGAAUAUUUGUGGAGAAAAAAAACCCUUACCCUCAUAUACUGUAGCUGAAUUGCACGUUGCUCAACCUCAAAAAUUGUAUGAAAUUGCCAAUGGAUAAUUUCGUAACUUGAUUUUUUUUUUUGUGUUUGUGUCAUCGAUUGUGCACUUACAGUUUUUUGUUGAUAGUAAAUACCAAUUCCAUCCGGGAAGUCUAGUUUAUCUCUGUAGUUACCCUUAAGGGACUCAGCUAUAACGGCCUCAAUCACUUCGGAAGGGACCUUUUCCCCUUGAAUGGUGCUUUUAGACUAGUCCGAUUCUUCUUUUUAUUUAUCAAACGAGUCCAUGUAAAUCAUCAUAGGUGAAUGGAGGGGAAAUUGUUAAAAUGCUUUUUCAUGAACUAUAGUUACUUUUGUGACACACAACCAACUGAACUUGACACACACACUCGAAUCGACUCUUAGUUCCACACCUCUGAGAGGAACAGGAGAUGCAUUAUGGGCCACAAGUAAUCAAAAGGAAGUGUUUACAGGGAAAGGCUGUCAGACUACUUUUUGAAAUUGCAGCUCGUCCUAUUCUUUUUAUAAUAAACUCACUUCAGGUAGUUUACAAACACUGAUACAGGCUUAGAAAAAAAUCUUAAGUCUUCCAUAGCUUUUCUGUCAGUUUCUGUCCACUGUGUAUUAUAAGAAAAAAGCAAUAACCUUUUUAAAAGCGGUGUAUUGGGAUCAUCAAGCCUAUUGAAAUAUUGGCCUGUCAUAUAUCAAACAAAGUGAAUGUCAGGGAGCUGUUGAAUUGAAGUCGGACCAGGACAAUUUGAUAUUGAUUUUAUUUUUUAUAUAUUUUCUGAAACUUUGGACAGGUUGACUUUCCUUUUCAGAAAAAUAUAUAUAUAAAUGAAAAAGUGGUGUUGCUUGCUGGCGUUCUAAAUGCUCAUCGAAAUCCAGUGGUAGUCGGUAAACUGCAACACAAGGACUGAGCGUGUAGUUCAGUCAUCAAACUCAGUGGCACUGUUCAGACAGAGUUGCACCUCCAGCUGUGUCAAACUAUGAAAGGGAUUUUGGGCUGUAAAAGCCACUGUUUGGGAGCGGGCUAUCUGUUGUCAUGUUGAGGUUCGGUGGUCUCCUUUGGCUCCUCAGGCACCGAGACUGUAGUUGUGGUUGUUCAGGACAAAGGGGACAUUUUUAGUCAAGCUAUUGUUCCUUUUACAACUCCCUAAACUCUGCACUAUAACGUCUCUGGCUCAUAUGUAUUUGGUGACAAGGCAAAAAACAAACUUAGAACUCAGGGUAUAUAGUGUUAAAAGUGGUCUCAUUGGACAUACUACUUAUGUCCAUAGUAUAAUCGUGCACUUCUCUUCAGGUGGGGAAACAAGUCCUCAGUCAGUGGUUCCCAAACAUUCUGCCUCAAGGUCUCAAUGAGCCCAUAUUUUCCACAGAGCUGAAGCUUGUGUGAGCGCUGGAGACCACGAACCGAACCAUGACAGUAAAAAAUGCCCCAAACUCCUGUUUUGUCCACUCUACACACAACCUCACAACCCAACUGUGAACCUCAGAACUCUACUGUUUUGUACAACUAUGAAGUAAAUGAAGCUAGCUAGAGCUGAUGUUGUAUCUAUUGCCAUUUAUGAAUUUAUUUUAUAGCAUGAAAUAAAAUAUAUUUAUUCAAAUUAUAUAUUUUACUCAUAAUCAUUCUGUGCUGCUUCGUUUUGGUUCUUAAGCUUGUAAAUUGCUUUUUUAUGAUAUAAAAAAUGUCAAUAGAAUAAUGCGUUUGUAAAAUAAAGACGCUCAUUUGGC